CCCUAACUUUCCCCCUCCCUCACCCCCUCUGUAUAUCGCUACAGCCUCCCGUCCACCAUGGCGCUCGCCACGAAGACGCAGUCACAAAAAAUCUUCGAGAAAUUGAAGCUCAAGCCCGCAAACAAGAUAUGUUUCGACUGCGGCGCAAAGAACCCGACAUGGUCGUCGGUGCCCUUCGGCAUCUACCUAUGCCUCGACUGCUCGGCGAACCACAGGAACAUGGGCGUGCACAUCUCGUUUGUGCGGUCAACGAAUCUCGAUAUCUGGCAAUGGGAUCAACUUCGAAUAAUGAAAGUCGGCGGCAAUGAAUCUGCCACUAAAUACUUCCAGACGCACGGUGGUUCCGCAGCGUUGAACAGCAAAGACCCCAAGACGAAAUACACCUCCAACGCCGCCACCAAAUACAAGGAAGAGCUGACGAGGAGAUGUGCCGCUGAUGCACGACAAUUCCCCGAUGAAGUGGUCAUAACAGAAGCCACCGACACCCCCAGCGGCACUAGCACCCCAGCGGACAAUGAAGAUGACUUCUUUUCCUCCUGGGACAAGCCUGCUAUCAAACGACCCUCCAACCCCCCUUCACGCACUGGCACACCCCUUAGCGGCUCUCGCACUGGCACUCCCUUCCUCAACGCUCCCGCCAACGGCAACGGCACCGCACGCCCCAAAUCUCCCCUCACUUCAGCGGAUGGCUCUAUACCUGCCCCCACACCGCGCGCCAUUCCCGCCUCCGCUGUCCGUAAAACAACUGCAGGCGCAGCCCCCCGCAAGGCCAACAUCCUAGGCGCCAAAAAGACAAAGCUGGGUGCAAAGAAGCUGACACCCGCGGACGGGGCGCUGGACUUCGAGGCUGCGGAGCGCAAGGCACGCGAGGAGGCCGAGCGCAUCGAGAAAUUGGGAUAUGACCCAGAAGCCGAGAAGGCGGAAGAAGCGGCGAAAGCUGCAAAGGGCAAAGCAGCGGCCGAGAAGGAACUACCUGGCAUCGUGAGCCCAAGCCCGGUCGCGCCACCGCGUGGAGGCUUCGGCUCGACGGGCAAGCCGGAGCGCAGCAGUGCGGAGAUGGAGCGGCUGGGGAUGGGUAUGGGCCGGUUGGGCUUCGGGCAGAUUGGUGGCGCGAAGCCGGCGCCGGCAGCGGCGAAGAAGAUGGGCGGUUUUGGGAGCACGAGUCGUUCUGCUGAGGACGAUGCCGAGAAAUACGCUCGCCAAAAGUUCGGCACCCAGAAAUCCAUCUCCUCCGACGAGUUCUUCGGCCGCGCCGCGUACGACCCCUCCGCUCAAGCCGCCGCUAAAGCACACCUAUCGAAUUUCGAGGGCGCCACCGCUAUUUCCUCGAACGCUUACUUCGGACGUCCUGAAGACGAUGUACCGGAAGACGACUACGGUGAUUUGGAGGGCGCGGCCAAGGAUUUUGUGAGGAAGUUCGGUGUCACGGCUGGCGAUGACCUGGAGAAUCUGACGAGUCUGCUGGGCGAGGGGGCGACGAGGUUGCAGGGGGCUGUCCGGAAUUAUCUGAAUAGCUAGGUGGUGCUUGCUUAUGGUAAUCGAAUAGUAAGUUCAGGAGAAGCAUGUCGAUGGAUGGAGUCUGGAGGUUUGAGGUCGAUCAGAGAGGAUAGGCACGGCAUACAUGGCGCUCGGGAGCGACGGUCAUGGAUGACGAGCAAUGAAUGGCUGGUAAUAACUGAAUUAAAGGUAUCUUGUGUAUUAGAGGUCUGGGGC